CGCAGGUAGCGUCCACGUUCUCCAGGUUCCUCACAGUUUUACGUCCAUCUCCGUCUCGCAGACCGAGAAUCGCCUUGUUGUCACACAUCUACGCCGCCCUGAAGCUGGUGUGUGCCGUUUGCGCGAACGGUCCAGUCAGUGUUUUGGAGGCGUUCUCCAGAGGUCUAGUUGCGACUCUCGACGUUGGUAUGUAGAGUGGCUCGUAAAGCGCGUCGAAUUUAAUGGCGUAAUGCGCAUCAUCGCAUGUCGACCCAGUGGACUUUAUUGCUGCUGGUAAUCGAUCUCAUUUCCCACAGUCGGAGCUUUUAACCCCGCGAAUUCCCAUGAUGGAAGUUGGAGUUACUUUUAGAGGCUAGGGCAGACUGGAGACUUGGAGCGGCUGGUGCUCUGCCGUUUCGUCUUGAGUCUCUGGAUUUCCGCUUUGCAUGCAGCGAGCCCGUCGUUUGGGCUCAUGUUGCAGUUUAAGUUGUAUGAGUUCGAGAGUAGACAUUAGCUGCAGAGUUCUGAUGUACUGGAUACGACUACAGUUCUGAUGCUGUAGUUCGCACCAGCGUUCUGACUCGCAUUGUGGAGCUUUGGUCAAGGCGCAGUAUUUGUGCACAUAUUAUCCCUAUCACUUGAGCAUUGGCAUUGACGGUAUCAACAGCGGAUGUGGCCACUGAAGGUUCUGCACUGUACCAGAUGGCUCGGACAUGCUCGAGCGUGGACCUCGGAAGCCCCAUUUUGUUUUAUUCAUUUUUGUUUUCUUUUUUUGAUCACCGUAGACCUGUGACAUGCUCCUGACUUGAAUUGGCAUGCAAACUACUGUAAGCCGUACCUCGAAGACCCCUGGUUCAGCUUAUCGUUUCAGUAGACGUUGCUUCAUUUUCGGCAAUCCCCGGGGGUUGUCCAGUUCGCCUUGAUUGCUGAGCUGCACCGCUCUUGCUACCAUGGUGCUGGAGGAACGACCUGGUCAAUCCUGAGCUAGGGGCUUUCGGCUACUGGGGACUGAAGCUCAGGUUUUCAGACUUCUGGUGCCGACAUGUCCUUCCUCGGUACGUUCCAGCUGCAGUGAACCUUCUGUCAGGAGGAUCUUAGUGUUCUGUGAUUUACUUGCAUGGUGAGGCUAACUUCUAAAUACAACGUCCUAGCUCACCUAUAAACUGCCUCGGGCAGUACUUAGUUCCAGCUUGAUAGGUUGUAUGCUACUCCAGUUGUGUUCAUUCCGGAGCUUCAUCAAAAAUGGAGUCAGUGCAGAAAGAGGAGUCGGGGUUUGCAGGCAAGACUGUUAAAACAUUCAUGUUGUUCAUAGCAUGGUCAUUAGCGUUGGUUCUGCUUGUUAACGCGAGCCUCACAGUAGCGGAAAAAUUUGAAGUAUUGACUUCAAAAUUUAUCGGCGCAAGUCUCUUCAAGGGCAUGCAGUUACCGUUGCAUGUACAGGCCAGAGUAAGCAAUGUUAAAAGUCAUGAAGGUGGAAGAGUCAAUGACAUGAAAUUGGUUGCAAACCUCAAGAGGCUCAGCCGAAAGCUGGUGGGUGGGAGUAAAACAGAAAAGAGCGGAUUCAAAGUCAAGAUAUUUCACCGCAACUCAGUGGAGUCUCCUUUCCGGAAAAAGUAUGACAGUAAGUUGCAGGCAUUGGUAGAAGAUAUGGCCAUCGAUGAAUCUCGUCUUGCUUCCUUCCGUAAACAGAGGGGCAGACACAAAUUGUCAGAUAACGAUAAUGGCGCACACAACUCUGCCAACCCUCCGGUCAUAACCGCCGUGAUCGAAGGCCCUCCUUCUCACGACCACGAUUUCCAGUCUCCUGUCGUGUCUGGCUCCACUCUUGGAUCUGGUCAGUACUUCGUCGAUUUUUUUCUGGGCACCCCACCGCAGAAGUUUUCCCUCAUUGUCGACUCAGGCUCCGACCUUCUCUGGGUUCAAUGCGCUCCUUGUCUCCAAUGUUAUGCACAGGACACCCCUCUGUAUGCGCCAUCGAACUCUUCCACUUUCAACCCUGUGCCCUGUCUUUCUCCGGAAUGCCUUCUCAUACCGGCAACUGAGGGGUUUCCUUGCGAUUUUCACUACCCCGGAGCCUGUGCGUACGAGUAUCGCUACGCAGACACGUCCCUCUCCAAAGGCGUGUUCGCCUACGAGAGUGCUACUGUCGAUGAUGUAAGAAUCGACAAAGUGGCAUUUGGCUGUGGCAGAGACAACCAAGGUAGUUUUGCUGCAGCAGGAGGUGUUCUAGGCCUUGGACAGGGGCCUCUCUCUUUCGGAUCGCAAGUUGGAUAUGCUUACGGUAAUAAAUUUGCAUACUGUCUGGUGAACUACCUCGACCCGACGUCCGUGAGUUCUUGGCUUAUCUUCGGCGACGAGCUGAUUAGCACAAUCCACGAUCUACAGUUCACGCCUAUCGUCAGCAAUUCCCGAAAUCCUACAUUAUACUACGUGCAAAUAGAAAAGGUCAUGGUUGGAGGCGAAUCGUUGCCUAUUUCACAUUCUGCUUGGAGCUUGGACUUCCUCGGCAAUGGCGGAUCAAUUUUCGACUCCGGUACCACAGUUACAUAUUGGCUACCGCCAGCUUACAGAAACAUACUUGCUGCUUUUGAUAAAAAUGUACGAUACCCGCGAGCUGCCUCCGUGCAAGGCUUGGACCUUUGCGUUGACGUUACAGGUGUCGACCAACCCAGUUUUCCAUCUUUCACUAUCGUCUUGGGCGGUGGAGCAGUUUUUCAACCUCAGCAGGGGAAUUAUUUCGUGGAUGUUGCACCCAAUGUCCAGUGUCUCGCCAUGGCCGGCCUGCCAUCAUCCGUGGGCGGCUUUAACACCAUUGGAAAUCUCUUGCAACAGAAUUUCCUUGUGCAAUAUGACCGUGAGGAGAAUCGCAUAGGUUUCGCGCCUGCCAAAUGCUCCUCACAUUCUUAGGAUGUGUAGUGGCGGUCGUCACCAAGUGGCACUCGACAUUCUUUUGGUGAAAUCUCGGGAUGUCGACGUUGCAAUGUAGUGGAACAAAUGCGACGCUCUAACUUGAGUUAGGGAUGAGGAUAGACUCGUUGGUGUGGCAGUCCUUGGGUGUGAUAUCAUGCCAUCCACAAUUUCAGUAAAUGUUGCUUUAUUGGCUUGAUACUAGUAAUAGAGAGUUGUUGCAUAGUACUUCGAGGGUCAUGAUCUACUCUCCUCACCGUUGUGGGAUACAUCCGGGUAGCAAUCUAUCCUGUGGUAUUUUCCCUCUGUUUUAAUCACGACCAUUUAAGACCUGCAUUCAUAAACCUCAAAUGUCAUCGAUUCAAUUAAUAAUUGACCGACCAACCACUAAGGUAGUCACGAUUUAAUUGA